CAUUCGGACCUCUCUUAACUCUAUGUUCGAGGUAAACGGUUUGUCCGAGGAAACCCGAUUUAAAAACUUCCAUGUAAACGUUGCAAAAAUUCGCGGGAAUCAGAGAGGAUAAGAAAAUGUCUUUUGUAUCCCAGGUUUUGUCCUGUGCAGGACAACUUGAAGCAAAGGAGAUUCAAGGUAAAAUGGAUCUCUUGGGCAAGAAGAUGGAGGAUUUGAAACUUGAAAUCUUUGAGGUCACAAGAGGAAAGUACGUCGAUUUCUUCACCCAAAAACUUCAAGCUACUUCAGCUUUAGUUGAAAACGUAGAAAAGGUUUCUGGGGAUCUACAUGAUGCAAAAGAAAAGAUAGAAAACGAUGUACAAAACCAGCUAACAUUAUCCAAAGAAGUCCUCACAAAUUUGAAAGGGGAUUUAGAAAACCACAAAUGUGUUCUAGUGAUUUUGGAUAGGCUGUUGCAGAUACAAGACAACUUGGAAUGUGCUGCCUCAGCCAAUAAAAGACACAGCUACUCUGAAGCAGCAGCAUCCCUACUGAAGGCCGAUGUACUACUAGGUACUCCCCUGGAGGGAUAUGAUGACAUUGAGGUACUGAUGGCCUUGCAGACUGAGUGCUGUGUACAGAAACAGAAGUUGAUAUUUGAAAUGACCGAGAAAUGGAAACAAAUGAUAUCGUGGAGCUCCAGUGACGCGAACAGCCAGAGCAAAUCCAGACAGGUGUUUCAGCUGGAGUUAACAUCCGGAGGUAAUGUGCUGUCUGAGAUUAUAGGAGCAAUGGAAACGCUGGGGGAUCUGGAAUCUACCCUGAAAAAUUUUGGGAAAAGAUUGAUUUCUGACCUGUUUAAACCCUGUGUUGUUAACUCAACAGCAACAGUCAAAAACACUCCUGAGAAUAUUGUCAUAGUAACUGUAAACAAUGAAAAGACCCCAGUUCCAUCCCCUCCCAAACAAAUGUAUAUGAAUGUUAUGACCAUCAUCCAAGUCUUGGAAAAGUAUUUCUCAGACUUGACAGUGCAGGAUGGAACAAAUUUCCUGUCAUGUGUCGGCAGGCAAGUUUCGCAAGAACUGUUGGAGUUGAUUGUCAAAGAAUGCCUAACACCAGCCAUUCCUCACAAUAAUAAAGAUAUGGCAGAAUUUGAAGCCAACUGUAUCGAACCAACCAAGGCCUUUCAAGGCAUUCUUGUAAACUUGAAGUUUAUACCAGAAGAUGACAAUGCUUUAGAAGAGUUUGUAAAGAACAUAGAUGUCCUCUUUGUCAAUAAGAAAUCCCAGGACAUAUUGCUUCGAGCCAGAGAACUGAUGAAAUCUGAGCUUCACAAUACGGUAAAGGUGUCAGAUGAAUAUCCUCUAGGGGAAAUGGCAGGUGGCCCUUCAGAAAGAAAGUCCAGGAAAGUUGAGCUAGCCAGCUCUGGUCAGGGUAGUUCAGACACAUUUAAGCUGCCAGCUUGUCAGAUCAGUGCAUGCACACAGCAGUUGAUGACCCUAGCAUAUGAAACACUGGAAGAAGCUACCAGCAGUUCUCAGGAGUGUGCAGUGCAACUGUUCUUUGCUGCCAGAAACAUGUUUGAACUGUUCUGCAGUGUGUACCCUACAGCACAUCAGAAGGCUUUAUCACUGUUUCCACAGAUGAGUGCUGUAUUCAACAAUGACUGUAUGUACGUGUGUCAUCACCUUGCUAUGAUUGGCCACCAGUUCAACAAGUCCCUCCCUGAGGAUGUCCAGGCCACAUUUGUAGACCUGAUGCCGAAGAUUCGUCGACUGGGGACUGAUACAAUGUUACAGCAACUCAACUCCCAAAAGGACAUCAUGCUGGACUAUCUACAGGCAGCAAAGGGUUUUGUGAGUGUGUCUGAGGGAUCAAACUCUACCAGUACAGAGAAAGCAGUGAAACAGGUGCUUCAUCAGCUGGGCCAUCUUCAAAAAGUCUGGCAGGAGAUCCUUCCCGUCAAUCAAUACAGGAAGUCAAUAGGUACCUUGCUGAACAUGGUGGUUGUGGAAAUCUGUGACAGAGUUGUGAGUUUAGAGGACAUCUCUGCCUCUGAUGCCUCACAGCUGGCCUCACUUAUGUCACUCAUUCAAAAAAGGGCUGGUCCCUUAAUGAAAUCAACCAAUGACGAAGGGGAUGUGAAUGUCACCAUUGAACUUCAACGCAAUGUGCCAAAAUGGCUGCGAUUUACAGAAAUCAUCACGGUUCUGAAUGCCAGUCUCCUUGAGAUUAACGACAGGUGGGCUGAUGGCAAGGGGCCAUUAGCUAAUGAACUCACAGCCUCAGAAGUGAAGCAGAUGAUCAGAGCUUUGUUUCAGAAUACUGACAGACGGUCAGCAGUCUUGGCAAAAAUAAGAUAGUGCUGUAAUGAGAAUAUGUAUUUGUGCAAUGUAUCCUUGAGUCUUUUAUGAACUUGUUUAUUGUUGCUUGUUAAUGUAUAAAAGGAUUAAAGGGAUAUAAGAUAUUAA